AAACCGUUUCCCCUUGUCACGUAUAUUCGGUUUGGAAAUGUAAUUAUGCAGACUUGUAUUGUUGAUAUUAUUAUUUUUGUAUUAAUAGGAAUUUGGAAGACGUGGGAAUUGUUUGUCUUGUUAUAUAAAAACACCAAUCACUCUAAAUUUGUAUCCAAGGAACUAUUUAAUGACAGAAAAAUAUGUGUGGAAGGAGACGGGCGACGUCAACGGGUGCUUUACGGCAUAACAAACGUCAUUCCGGAAACGUCAUAACUAGUUAUUUUAGCACUUCCGUAUUGUUCUUGUUUUACACGUUUGGGAUGUGAUCUCACAUUAAAAAUGACCUGACAGUAAAACUAUUGAUUAUUAGAUGCCGAAUAGAUUUUUAUUCUGAAAAAAAAACGUCAUUAAAGUACUUUAGCCAAUCAGAACGCUGUGGCGUUUUAAACGUCCUUUAGCUGUUCCACAUAGGUGGUUGUUUUUCCGUUCGGUUUCUGCGGCAUACACAAGCCCCGCCCUUUUGUAUCCGCUGCGCUGUGAUUGGUCCGUAUUCCCUGUACUCGUGAGCAUUUUGUUUGAGUGCCUUACAGUUGGGCAGUGGCGGUAGUUGAUAGAGGCUGCUGAUAACCGUUUGAUUUUAUUGUAGCUGUUUUUUUUUUAUUUAAAAAAUGUACGGUUUUAUUCGUUGACCUCUUUUCACAUAUAACAGAAAUCUCUGUUUCCUUGGACGACACUCUAUAUUCUUUUGCUGCUCUAGAAAAAGCUGAAUCAGAUGGGAACCGAAGAGAGAGAUUGGUUGGAUGUGGCCAAUGAUCUCAUCUGCAAGUGUCACAUUAACCUGAGGCUACAGAGGCUCACAGAGUGCGAUGCCAGUGUGUUCGUGGCCUUAUAUGAAGCUAUCUUGGGAGAAAAAGUCCCAGAUUACAUCGUUGUGCCCAAGAGCCAAGAGGAUGACAUCCACAACGUACAAUCUGUGAUUGACUCUCUGGCCUUGGACUAUCUCCAGAUCAGCUUAUCUCACAUCACAGGUGAGAACAUUGUGAGAGGAGAUAAGGAUUCCAUCCGUAACCUUCUGGAGAUUUUCGAUGGGCUGCUGGAGUAUCUCACGGAGCAGCUCAGUGAGGAAGAAGAGCUCCCCAAUGGAGAGCUCAGCGGUACGGUCCACCCUGCCGAAGCACAGGAGCAGGAUAAAGAGGAGAUGUCGUCUCAGAUCUCUAGCACACAUUCUGCUGUCCAGUCCAGUAAAUACUCCCUCCAUUCCUGGAACGGGGACGACUCGGAGUCAACCGCCGAGCUGAUUCUUUUGGGCGAUUCAGCCCGCACGUUCACCUCGAAGCAAGAAGUGCGCCCACACCCGCUGCCCUCAGUCGUUUCUAUUGAAAAAGCUCCCAGUGACCUCGACCCACCCACGGCUCAACCCCCUCAGCAGCACCAGCCGUUCCACUCAGCCAUUCCUCUGCAGCCUCCCAAACAGACCACACCGCAUCCACUCCCGUCAUCACUGGAUAAUGAGGGAGAUGCAGAGGGGACAAACAAACAGAAUGGUCAUUCUCCUAAGUGUAACGGUGUUCAGACUAACGGGAUCCACACUUCUGCAGAAAGCGAGAGGUCUGUGCCGAGUCUGAAAGAAACACAGCCUGAGGCUCCCAAAGCACAAGUGGAGAGUGGUAGAGAGGGAGCACGGCGUGUCCUGUUCCACACUCAGCCGGACGUGCCGGUCCCGUACGUCCCACGUGAGCACAGCCAGAGAGAGGACACGCGCGCGCACGGCCGAGCGGAAGAGGGGCAGAGCGAUGAAGAACGGCUCCACGGCUCCAGCUCGUCGUCUGGAAGACGGAGGAGCCAUAGGAGCAGGAGGCUGGCAGAGGAAAGUGAGGACCCAUUAUCACGGCGCAGUCAGAAGAACAAACAGGCCGAGCAGGAGCUACACGAGAUGUCAGAGAAACUCGCUCGCCGUCUCGAGGAGCUCGAUUUAAUGCUGAAGAGGGCUCUGGGGGAGACCGGGGACGUGUCAAAGCCUGCAGAGGAGGACAAACACUCCCACCACAGUGACAGCGUCAUGGAGUGCAGACGUGCCCCCAGACCCACAGACAAGGCCGGUGUGGACAGACCUCCGCGCACACGCUCCCUUUCUCCUUCUCCUCCUCCUGUACGUCCUUCCAGUCAGAGCAUGCUAGAGGGCGCUCCGAUCUCGGACACGCGGCAGCACACGGCCCAGAGGCGGCACGACAAGCUCCGACCCUUUCAGGACCAGCGCAGAAAAAGCCAGAUGGUGGCUGAAGCUUAUGAGGCAGAGCUGAAGAACUUGGACGAGCAGCAGAGAAUAGACUUGGCCAUCGAGAGACUACGAGCUCAGGAGGCUGAGCAGGAGUACAGGGAGGCCGUACGCAAGGAGGCAUCUCGCGCUUCGAAAUCUCAUAACUACAGAUCUAAAUCGACGCUCUCGAACAAGAGUCCCCGCUCCAAAUAUGGAGCUCCCAUCCGACCGCGAGCCCAGACCCGCAAAACAGCCCCACUACGGGUGAAGGAGAACGACUUGUUGCCAGCUCUGUUGGACGACUUCCCUCCUCUGCAGUUCUCGCCUCACACUAUGUCCCGCAUGUGGAAGCAGCAGCUCCGGCAGGUCGACCAGCUCAGUGCUCUGGCCAACCAGCACAAACACACACGCAAACACACCCAUCAGGUAGAGGAGGCCCAGAAGAGACACGACCUGCUCGUGGAUAUCAUCCGCAAAGAGCAGGAGCACAAUCAUCGCCUGAAGGAUUUCAGAGAAAGAAUCCAGCAGCAGAAGUCUGCGCAGAAUAAACUGCGGGACCAGAGGCAGCAGGUGGCCCGCGCCCGCAAAUACCACAGCGAUUACCAUGUGCAGCUGCGUGCCCGGCUCCUCCGAGCCCGCACGCGAGAGGAGAGGAUGUUUCAGCAGGUGUUUGAAGAGGGUCUGGAGCUGCAGAAGGCCCGUCUGAGGGAACAGCGCGCGUACGCUAAAGAACAGCGUCAGGAGCACGCACGCAAACACAAAGAUGAGAUUGAGGCCAUGGAGAACUACUACAAGGACCAGUUUUCCAUGCUGGCUGAAAGACUCGCCCUGGAGCGUCAGGAGAACCAGGUGCGGAAGAAAGCCCAGGAAAAGGCUCUGCACAAGAUGAAACGUGAGUUGAGGAGCAAGAUGGAGCGAGAGAUCAGCGAGUUGCAGAAGCUCAUCGUAAAGGACGAUGAGGAAGACUACUUCCGCGAGCUGGAAGUGGACCGGCUGCGCAGGAAAGUGCAGAUGGCUUCCUUCCAGUACGGCACGAGCUACACAUACUGACCGCCUGCCAGUGAGGAGUCUGUUACAGGGGGAAACUCGCCGUCUAGGGACCGGUCUCAACCUCCACUCUCUGACACCAGGCUGGAUUAUUGCACAAGGGCUUCUGAUGAGCACAUUUCUACAUGACGCAUCCUGUAAAAGCUGAGUAGAGGAGCCUCGUGUAGGGACAAAUGGCAAAAACCGAUCAGUUUCCUUAAAGAUGUUUUGAUGAUCAGAGCAUGCAUCACCAUAUUUAGUUCAGACAGUGUACAUGUAGAAGAAAUGGCUUUCACCCAUCAUUUUAUUUAACGUCUACCAAAAUAAAUCCUUUAACGAGGAAACGGAGGAAUUUUAAGGUCCAUGCCGCAGCUUGGAUUUAUAAAUGUAUCAAGGCAUUUGUAAUUUGAUGUAUUUUAUUGCAAUAUUUGAUGCACAAAUUAGGGGACGAUAUAUAUAGAAUAUACAAUAUGUGGAAUCUAUUAGAUUUACAUUUCCCAAUAUGCAACAAAUGAGGAAUUUAUAUUUAAAAAAAAAAAAAAAAGUGGUAUGUAUGUAUGUGUCAUGUGUCCCUCUAGGGUUUUGCGAUCGCAGAAAUUAAUGCAACAUCAAGGAAACUCCAUAUUCAAAGGAGCUUGCAAUUUUUCAAAAUUACGGAAGAUUUUUCGCAGAUUUUGGCCAAGACGCAUCAUGAUAACGCGCCAUGUGACAUCAUCACAACGCGCAUUCAGCCAAAGCCCCCUUCGAUUCACGUGCGUCGAGCAUGAGUACAGCUAAAAGCUCUCGUUUACCAACAAACAUCACAGCUAAAAACCAUGCAGAUCAAUUUCGUGCAACUGCAGUUUCACCAAUUCAAGUAGUUUUUCACAGAAAAGCACAAAAAAUCCCACAAAUUGCAUUGCGAAUUUUUAAAAAAGUAACUAAAAAAAAAAAAAACAGAACUGUGAAAUCCUGUACAGACUAAUAUAUAAUAUUAUACAGUGUCCUCCACUAAUAUUGGCACACUUGGUAGGUAGAAGGCUGUGAAAAAUUGUCUUUAUUGUUUAACAUUUUGAUCUUUUAUUUAAAAAAUUCACAAAAAUACUCUUCUCUCAUGGAUAUCAAACAAUUCCAAACAGAAACACAGGUUUAUCAAUAGAAAAAUAUAUCUAUUAAAUAUAGGUGUGCAACAAUUAGUGGCACCUUUUUAGUUAAUACUUUGUGCUAGCUCCCUUUGCCAAGAUAACAGCCUUCUUAUCUUCUCCUAUAAUGCCUGAUGAGGUUGGAGAACACAUGGCGAGCGAUCUGAGACCGUUCCUCCAUACAGAAUCUCUCCAGAUCCUUCACAUUUCGAGGUCUACGCUGGUGGACUCUCCUCUUCAGUUCACCCCACAGGUUUUCUAUGGGGUUCAGGUCAGGGGACUGGGAUGGCCAUGGCAGGACCUUGAUUUUGUGGUCAGUAAACCAUUUCUGUGUUGAUUGUGAUGUAUGUUUUGGAUCAUUGUCCUGCUGGAAGAUCCAACCACGGCCCAUUUUAAGCUUUCUGGCAGAGGCAGUCAGGUUUUCAUUUAAUAUCUGUUCAUAUUUGAUAGACUCCAUGAUGUCAUGUAUCCUAACAAAAUGUCCAGGUCCUCUGGCAGACAAACAUCCCCAAAACAUUAAAGACCCACCACCAUAUUUAACCGUGGGCAUGAGGUACUUUUCCAUAUGGCUACCUCUUUGUGCGCACCAAAACCACCUCUGGUGUUUAUUACCAAAAAGCUCUAACCCUGACCAUAGAACCCGAUCCCAUUUGAAGUUCCAGUAGUUUCUGGCAAACUGAAGAUGCUCGAGUUUGUUUUUGGAUGAGAGUAGAGGCUUUUUUCUUGAAACCCUUCCAAACAACUCGUGGUGAUGUAGGUGACUUCAGAUUGUAGUUUUGGAGACUUUCUGACCACAAGACACAACUAACUUCUGCAAUUCUACAGCUGUGAUCCUUGGAGAUUUUUUCUCCACUCGAACCAUCCUCUUCACAGUGAGCUGAGACGAUAUAGACACACGUCCAAUUCCAGCUUGACUCAUAACAUUUCCAGUUGACUGGAACUUCUUAAUUAUUGCCCUGAUGGUAUAAAUGAGCAUUUUCAAUGCUUGUGCUAUUUUCUUAUAGACACGCCCCAUUUUGUGAAGCUCAACAACCUUUUGCCGCACAUCACAGCUAUACUCCUUGGUCUAACCCAUUGUUAUGAAUGACUAAGUGAAUUUGGCCUGUGUGUUAACUCAUAUUUAUACCCCUGUGGAACAAGAAGUCAUGGUUGAACAAUUUCCCGUUCCUAGUCACCCAGGUGUACUAAAAAAUUUUUUUAAAUAUCAAUGCGAAUAUACUUCAAAUAUAUUUUCCUCAUAUGAAUUCAUAGGGGUGCCAGUAAUUGCUGCACACCUCUAUUUAACCAUUCAUUACUUUUAUAAACCUGUUUGAAAUGGUUUGAUAUCCAUGAGAGCAGAGUAUUUUUGUGAUUCUUUUGAAACAAAAGAUCAAAAGGGUUAAGCAAUAAAGACAAUUUCUCUCAGCCUUCUUUGCUCAUAUUUUACCAAGGGUGCCAAUAUUAGUGGAGGGCUCUGUAUAUAUAAAGUAAGUACUACGUUGCAAUAUACAGAAAAAAUGCCUAAAUGCCUUAGCCGAAGCCUUGUGUUUUUAUUUAUUUAAAUGUUUAUAUUUUUUUCCACUCUUGUAUGCCGGAAACUGUGAUUGUGAUUCAAACAGAACAUUACGCUUCAUACUUUGAAUCUUUUUUUUUUUUUUUUACACACCAUUCCACUCCUAAAUCCAUGAUUGCAGUGGCAUGUUGUGCAACAAUAUGCUUUGUAAAUAAUUUAGUUCUAACAGGCUGAUCAUCUUCUACAUCGUUUAUACGAGCAGGCGAAACCAAAAGCAUGACGUUCACAAGUUCAAAGUUUUUCUUUCUUUACCUGUGACGCACUAAAGCGUGUCAAAGUUCCCCGUGCCAAUCCUGAGGUCUGAGACCCCUCCUCUAAUGAUCUACUCUCACAACAACACAUUCUGUCUGUGUUUAGUUCCCAUUCUACAGUGUUGGAUUGAUUAUAACGAUUAUCUUAUUUUGCUGGGUUUUUUUAUUCUUAAUAUUCAAACCGAUUUUAAACUAAAAUAACCGUUUAGCUGCUAUCGUUUCUUAUUGCGACUUAAAAACAUCCGGUCAGGGCACGCACGCGAGCGACGGCGGCGGUGUCCGUGUCUUGUCCUUGCUUGUGUAAACACAGGGUUACUGUACUGUUUAAUGCGAAAUGAUGUUUUCUAUUGUGAAACUGUAAAUCAGAUCAGCUCCAUGUAGCUUGUGAGGCAUAUUUAUUCAAAGAAAACACGUUCAUGUGGACACUAAAACCGUUGGACGUCUUUGAGAACGGUUCUGGAUCAGCGUGUGGAGUAACGCGUACGACGAGUCCUCCGCCUCAAACACACUUGCUGCUAACACAAGAGUCUUCCUCCAUCGCUAAACUGCUGAUGCAAGUCUAAAUGAACCUGUUUUUAUUCUUUUUUUUUUUUCUUUUUCCUUGUGGUGUUGCUAGAAAAGAAAAGAAAAAAGGCGAUUCUGCACCUUUCCACCCCGACGUGGACCUCGCGAUUAUUACGUGGCUGUUAAUAAUGAUCUGCAAAUCUUCUGAAUUAUUUUAUUUUUUCAUUUCUCGUUGCCGGAUUGGUCUUCCUAAGUGUGUGGAACCUGUCAUAAGUUAAAUAUUUAUUAAAUUGCACAAACUGA